AUGAGUGCCACCAGAUUGGACCGUCUCGUAACGCUCCUCGAGACGGGCAGCACCGCCCUGAUUCGGAACACAGCAGCCGACCAGCUAGCCGACGUCCAAAAACAACACCCCGAUGAACUAUUCAAUCUUCUCACACGAGUCAUCCCUUACCUGCGCUCCAAGAGCUGGGAAACCCGUGUUGCUGCUGCCAAGGCGGUCGGAGGCAUCGCCGCCAACGCCGAGGAGUUCAACCCCAAUGCUGAAGACGACCCUGUCGACCACGCUGAAGUCAAGCCAGAGUCCAAUGGCGACGUAAAGCAUGAAGAUGAACAAGACAGCAAUGGCGACGCUGUCAAGAAAGAAGAGAAUGCUGACAGCGCCCUGCCGCCCCUGUCUGACAGGCUGGAUCUUGCUACCCUCGAUUUGCCCUCUGUCCUCAAGUUUGGCAAGGUGCUUGCUGCUUCUGGCACAAAAGCGCACGACUACAAGCUGGCCGCCAUGGAUCCUACCGAGCGCCUAGAGUAUCAAAGAAACACGCUACUCAAGCGACUCGGCUUCGAAGGCGAAUACAUCGAGGAUCACUCUCCACCUGCCCAGGACAUGCCACAAACACCUGGAAAACCUCCUGCCAUGCACCGUAUCGACACCAACGUUUCCAAGUCGGACACGCUGAACACUGCUGCAUCUCCAUUACUAGCCACUCCGAAUGGGGACCAAGGUGGCCUCAGCAAGCGCCAAAUGAACGCCUUGAAGCGUAAGCAGAAGAAGAACGCCCAGGGAGGUGCUAACAAGGUACAAAUAGUCGACUUCAGCUCGGGUGCGCGCAAGGACUCGCAGUCAGAUCUUGUCGAGACACCUGCCCGCGCACAUCCGGUAGCCCUGAAGCUAGAGAAGUCGGAGAACGGCGAGGAAGGUGACGGUGUCAACGAUUACUUUUCUCUCGACCGAAAUGGAGGGGAUGAUGACGCAAAGUUCGUCAAAGAAUUCAAAGGCGAACCCGUGCCGGAUAAGUCAUCUUUCCAAGGCGAAGCUGAAGAGGCUGGUCUAGAGUGGCCGUUCCAACGCGUUUCCGAGUACCUUGCCGUCGAACUCUUUGAUUAUACCUGGGAGGUUCGACACGGCGCUGCCAUGGGUAUCCGAGAGAUUCUCCGUGUCCACGGCGCUGGAGCCGGCAGGCGGAAAGGGAAAAGUCGGACUGAGAACGACCAGCUCAACCAGCAAUGGCUCAAUGAUCUCGCCUGCCGCAUAUCCUGCGUCUUUAUGCUCGAUCGCUUUGCAGACUUCACCUCCGAUAACGCUGUGGCGCCCAUUCGAGAGACUGCUGGACAAGCCCUCGGCUCCUUGCUGCAAUACAUGUCGCGCGAUAAUGUGCUUGCCACUUUCCAGGUCCUCCAUCGUAUGAUCAUGCAGCACGAUAUUCCUGUCAUCAACAACGCCCAGAAUGCACCUUGGGCCCUUUGUCAGGGUGGCAUGAUCGGCCUGCGAUAUCUUGUCGCCGUGCGCAACGAUCUACUGCUCGAAGACGGCACCUUGAUGGAUGGCGUGCUCGCUGCGGUCAUCAAAGGCCUCGGUGACUUUGAUGACGAUGUCCGAGCCAUCAGUGCAGCGACGCUUAUACCCGUCGCGAAGGAGUUUGUCGAGAUGCGGCCCAAAGCGCUUGAGGGGCUCAUGAACCAAGUUUGGUCGUGCCUCUCGAGCUUGCAAGAUGAUCUCAGCGCCAGUACUGGCUUCAUCAUGGACCUUCUUGCCAAAUUGUGCAGUUUCCCCCAGGUCCUUGAAGCUAUGCAAGCCAAUGCUCGACAAGACCCGACACAGUCUUUCCAUGAGCUAGUACCCCGCCUUUUCCCCUUUCUGCGACAUACCAUUACCAGCGUUCGUACUGCUGUGCUUCGUGCCUUGAUCACCUUCUUGAAUAUCCAGAGUGAAGGAUCAGACGGCUGGAUAGACAGUAAGGCCUUGCAGCUAAUCUUCCAGAACAUCUUGCUUGAACGCAACGAGGGCGUUUUGAGACUCUCCUUACAGCUCUGGAACGCCGUCAUUGACAGCCUUGGCGAUCAAAUGUCCAUACAUCUCGCCCCUGUACUCGAUUCCAUCAUUCCUCUAACCCUUACACCCAUUGGUGUCUCUCGUCACCCGAUAUCAAUGGACAUGUCCCUCCUGAUUCGUCCUUCAGGACAAGUUAUGGGACCAUCGUCACAUGCCCAGCCGAGUCGAAGGUCAACGCCUCCUCCGGGCGGAGAGCCUGUUCAAAAGAAGAGGAAGAAGUCUAGGCACGGUAAGGAUGACAUGUCGACGCCGACCCCUUCGUCAACCUCCCACAACGUGGAUGGACACAUGGUCUGCGGCGACCUAGAGCUCAUUGGCGCCGACGUCAUGAUUCGUUCCAGGACAUCUGCAGCGCAAGCCCUCGGUAAAGCAAUGGCAGCCUGGCCCGUAGAAUCAAGGUGUGACACAUUCGAGUCCAAGUUAGUGGCGCCGCUGUCCUCGCCUCAUUCUACAACGCAAUUGACCGCCGCAAUUAUCAUCGAGGAGUUUGGCAAGAACAUUGCAGCGAAGGACUCCUUGGCUGAGUCGUUUGUCAAGACGCUACUACCGAUCCUGGAAGGUGAACGACCUAUGGCCUACGAAGAUCUCGUGCCCAAACUCCAGAUCGUGCGAACGCAGUGCACCGCCUUACUCAGCAUCUUCCGCGAUGCGCAUGUACAAAAUCUGCCGAAUCUUGCUGUGGUCGUGCAAGGCGACCCGUCCGCUAGCCAAUACGCGUUUGGCGUUGCGGAUGCCGAGAAGCUGAUCAAUGUACAGUAUGAGAAGCUGAAGAAGGCGAUGACACCCUCUGCGCGCAUGGUGGCCGCCGCCAACCUUGAGAUUACUCGAAAGGAAGUCGAGACAAGCCUCCAGGAGGCCAAGGAGAUCAAGGAGGAACGCGAUGUUCGCAUCAAGGCCGCUGCAGCAGGUGCGCUGAUCUGGCUCGACUCGCCACCCAAGAAACCGUCGCCGCCUAUCAAAGCGAUGAUGGACAGUGUCAAGAAGGAAGAAAAUGUAGAGCUGCAGAAGCGCUCUGCUGCUGCUGUAGCUGGCUACAUUGUCCAUCUCGUCAGCGCGAACCGGGCCGGCGUCGUCAACAAGGUUGUUGGCAAUCUCGUCAAGUUCUACUGCAUGGAGACGGCCGAGACUCCGGAAUUCUCAGGACAAGCGCACAUCGAAUCAGGCAUUCUUACCCUUAAAAAGGACGAAGACGUGCGAGACCAUCCGGACGCGGCCCGAUUCGCUGAAGAGUCGAGAGCUGCGAGAAUCACCAAGCGUGGUGCUCGCGAGGGUCUUGAGCAGGUCGUCGAAAGCUUUGGCGCUCAAAUCUUCGAAAAGGUACCUAUCUUGAAAGACCUCAUCGAAAGACCGAUCAAACAGGCCUUCUCUGAGGCCGCGCUACCGGAAAUUAUCACGAGCGAUGAUGGUGUCUUUGGCCAGGAGGUUGUUGACGCCUUGUCGACUUUACGAGCUUUGGUUGGCAGACUUCAUCCGGAUGUCCGAGGCUUCGUCAAGGAUCUUCUCCCACUCAUCGCACAGGCCCUGCAAAGCAAGCUCUACGUUCUUCGAUAUGCAGCUGCGAAAUGCUUUGCCACUAUCUGCAGCGUCAUGUCUGUUGAGGGCGUUACGAUGCUCGUGGAGAGCGUUCUACCAACAAUCAGCGACGGUGGAAAUCUGUACGGCCGUCAAGGAGCAAUUGAGUGCAUCUACCAUCUCAUUCACGUCAUGGAAGACGCCAUUUUGCCUUAUGUGAUCUUCCUCAUCACCCCCGUCCUUGGCCGAAUGAGCGAUUCGGACAACGACGUUCGUCUUCUCGCGACAACCAGCUUCGCCACACUAGUCAAGCUCGUUCCGCUCGAAUCCGGUAUCCCCGAUCCACCAGGUCUACCAGACUCGUUACUCAAGGGCCGAGACCGAGAGCGCAAAUUCGUUGCGCAGAUGUUGGAUGCGAAGAAGGUGGAGCCCUUCGAGAUCCCUGUUGGGAUCAAGGCAACACUUCGCUCGUAUCAACAAGAAGGCGUCAACUGGCUGGCCUUCCUCAACCGCUACAACUUACAUGGCAUACUAUGCGACGACAUGGGUCUCGGAAAGACCCUACAGGCGCUGUGCAUGGUAGCUAGUGACCAUCACUUGCGCAGCGAAGAGUUCGCGAAGUCUGGUGAUCCCAACUUCCGUCGCCUGCCAUCGCUCAUCGUCUGUCCACCCACAUUGUCUGGUCACUGGCAACAAGAGAUUCGUCAAUAUGCGCCUUUCCUGAGCUGCGUUGCUUACGUUGGCUCACCAUCAAUCCGCGGCCAGUACAGGUCUGAGCUCGAUAAAGUCGACAUUGUCAUCACAUCAUACGACAUCUGCAGAAACGAUGCUGAUGUUCUCCAUCCCAUCAACUGGAACUAUUGUGUUCUGGAUGAGGGUCACUUGAUCAAGAACUCCAAGUCGAAGACAAGUCAGGCUGUCAAGCAAUUCCAAUCGAAUCACCGUCUCAUCCUCUCCGGCACGCCUAUUCAGAACAACGUUCUCGAGCUGUGGUCCCUGUUUGACUUCCUCAUGCCGGGCUUCCUCGGCUCGGAGAAGGUCUUCCAGGAGCGGUUUGCGAAGCCUAUUGCUGCCUCUCGCUUCGCCAAAUCCUCUUCUAAGGAACAGGAGCGUGGCGCGCUGGCUAUUGAAGCUCUCCAUAAGCAAGUACUACCAUUCCUACUCCGCCGUCUCAAGGAAGAAGUGCUAGACGAUCUACCGCCGAAGAUUCUGCAAAACUACUACUGUGACCUUUCCGAGCUCCAGCGCAACCUCUUCGACGACUUCAAUAAGCGGCAAGGCCAGGAGAUCCAAUCCAAAGCUGGUAACGCAGACCGCGAGAGCAAGCAACAUAUCUUCCAAGCCCUGCAGUACAUGAAGAAACUAUGCAACUCUCCCGCCCUCGUCGUCAAAGGUCCUACAAACAAAGCCUACGAGCCCACACAGCAGUUUUUGAAAAAGAACAACACCACCAUUGACGACAUCGCGCACGCGCCCAAGCUCGGUGCAUUAAAGGACCUGUUGGUAGAUUGCGGCAUUGGCGCAGCCGACGUUGCGAACGACAAGUCAGCAACCGCUAACGGCGACCUCCCAACCGCUGUAUCCCAACAUCGCGCUCUAGUGUUCUGUCAAAUGAAAGAAAUGCUCGACAUGGUCCAACACAACGUCCUCGAGAAGUUACUCCCGAGCGUUCAGUUCAUGCGGUUGGACGGUAGUGUUGAAGCGACGAAGCGCCAGGACAUCGUGAACAAAUUCAACUCAGAUCCGUCGUACGACGUCCUGCUUCUAACAACUAGCGUCGGUGGACUGGGCCUGAAUCUUACAGGUGCUGAUACCGUCAUCUUCGUCGAGCAUGACUGGAAUCCGCAGAAAGACAUCCAGGCCAUGGAUCGCGCGCAUCGAAUUGGUCAGAAGAAGGUCGUCAACGUGUACCGCAUCGUCACGCGCGGGACGCUGGAGGAGAAGAUUUUGAAUCUCCAACGCUUCAAAAUCGACGUCGCCAGCACGGUAGUGAACCAGCAAAACGCUGGCCUAAGCUCCAUGCAAACGGAUCAAAUCCUAGACCUCUUCAACGUUUCGGCCGAUUCAAACGACCCUGCCGCACUGCCGCCUCCGCCAUCGAAUUCCAAAGAGGAUGCUGGUAUCGACGAGAACGAUGCUGUAGACGCUACUGGGGCACUCCGAGAGAAGGGCAAAAAGGGCUUCUUGGACGAACUGGGCGAGCUGUGGGAUGAAAGGCAGUACGAGGAGGAGUUUGAUUUGGAUGGCUUCUUGGGCAAGAUGAAGACGUGA